AUUAAGGGGCUCUAAAUGGAGGGUGAGGCAGAUGUGGGGGAGCAGAACAGCUGUACCCCCUUUAUUAACCACCCAUCCCUUGUGUUCCUCCCCCCCAGAAAGCCUUUUGGAACACUUACCCCCACAACGGGAAAGGCGGGAGCUCAGACAGCCCGGGCUGGACGUGGCCGGGCUGGUGGCCGGCUGGUGGCCGUGCUGGUGCUGAUGAUCAUGGUCGGCGUCGUUGCCAUGUACUGGGUCAAGUACCGGUCCAAGGAGCGCAGGCCAGCACAGGUAAGCAUCCACGUCCCCCUGAACCCCGACGUGCCCCUGACCUGCCUCCCUGGGGACCCCAAGCCUCUGGGCCCCCCCGGGCUGCCCUCGUACCAGGAGGCACUGGAGGCAUCAGGAGUCCACGACGCGCCCCCCCCACCCUAUCCCAGGGCUCCCAGCUCUUCUGCCCAGCCCCACUGAUCAGACCCACAGCCACUGGAUUGCUGCUGGGAGGGGGAGGGAGAUAGGGCGAGUGUGCGUCCGUGGGACAUGGUGAGUGUGUGGAUGAAUGUGCAAGAGGCAUGGUGAGUGUGCAAGUGGGGUGAAUGCACAGGGGUGAGUGUGCGAGGUGAGUGCAUGCAUGAGGCACAGGGGUGCUUGCAAAGGGGGUGCAAGGCAGGAGGCACAUGGGACGGGGGUGAGUGUGCAAGGCUGGGAGGCGCAUGUGAUGGAGGCGUGUAUGUAAGGCACAUGGGUGCACGUGAGUGAGAGACGUGAGGGUUCAUGUGAGUGUGAUGUGGGGUGAGUGUGUGAGGCCGGGGGGCAUAUGUGAUGGGGAGCGGGUGUGCGAGAUACACAGGGGUGUAUGAAGUGGAGGGAGUGUGCAAGGAUGGGGGACAUGCUGGGAAGCAGGUGUGAGAGACAUUGGGGCAUAUAUGGGAUGAGUGUGCGAGGCUGGGGCAUGUGCAACGGGGAUGGUGAGUGUGCCAGAUACGGGGGCAUGUGUGGUGGGAAUGGAUGAGUGAGAGACGGCAGGUGAGCGCAUCCAAGCGGGCGAGACACAAGUCUGUGUGUGGAGGAGUGAGGGGGCACAAGCACGCCGGGUGGUGUGCACGCGUGUGACAGGGUGAGUGUGAGGAUGAAGCGUGUGUGCAAGGCACAAGCGCACGCAUGUGCCGCGAGUGGUGCCUGACAGAGUGCAGGGCACGGGGAGUGCACCUGGCCCCCCAGCCCUCUGGAGCCCGAACUAUCCCAUUCAGCGGCACAGAGGAGCUGGCCGGGGAUGGCGCUGACCCGUGAGGGUCACCCGGCCCCGAUCCCCCUGGAGCCUGCUGCACCGGGGCUGGGACCCCGCCUCCCGCGCCGGGAUUGUUGUCAGCGAAAUAAAGCGCCAGCCGUUUGCUAGAA